UUGCUUGCUUGACUGGAUCCACUUCAACUACGUUAUUUUCAACGCGAGGUUCCUGGCUGCUCAAGGAAACAGCAGAUUAUUAUUUAGAACCUGUCUGUCAUCAGAAACACGAAGGUUUCAAACCUUAGAAAAACUGUGAAAUUGUUAUUAAAUUUAAGUUACUUAUUUCAAUUGCAAACAAUAUUUGACAAUUAUAACGACGACCAUUUAGUUUGGAGGAGAAACAAGGACGGGAAGAAAGGAGAUAUUUUUAUGACACGUCUUGGAAAAGAAGAGAUUUUAGUAAUUAACUAAUAGUAUUUGUUUAGUAUUAUUGAAAUAAUGUCGUCCGAUGGAGCUGACUCCACUGACGUGGGUGGUCGCCGAGGAUUUGGACGCAAAACUAGCAACAAAAUAAUGAUUAAAGACGAACCAGAACGAAUUGGUGGGGGUAACUACGAAGGACCAGUGGAUGACAACUUUAAUAAGUUUUUACGUAAUUUGGUCAAAGAGCGCGAUUCAUUGGACGCGGAGCAGUAUCCACAUGUACAUCGACUAAUCCAGGCUGAACUUGACCGGGCCUCGAGGGGGUCGUACGGAACCAUGGCACAAGAACCGAUUUUCAUCGACUUGUACAAUGAUCCACCAAUUACUCUCAUGGCAAAGGCGAUGCCACCUUCGCGUCUUUUUCCCAAGUUUAAUUAUGCUGGGAGGAUCAUUGGACCGAAAGGCGCCUAUUUGAAGGCGUUGAUGAAAGAAACUUCCGCAAAAAUGGUUUUACUAGGAAAGGGUGUAAUGAAAGACAAAGAUAAGGAAGAGGAACUUCGUCGAGCUAAUGAUCCGAAGUAUCUUCAUUUGAAUGACGAUAUGCAUGUGUCCAUUCAUGUCACUGCGUCUGCUUCCGAGGCCUACAAGAGAAUGGCUUAUGCCGUUAGUUGUCUCAAAGAGCAAGUUCUCAGUGACAACAGAACAUUGGAAAGUCUUCCUUGGAUUGCAAGCUCCAGUGGGAGGAUGGGAAUGGGAGGAGGCGGAAGUGGUAGUGGCGGUGGCGAGAGUCACAACCCAAGGUACCCCCCGUCUUCUCAGCAACGGUCAUACCCACCUCUGGACCAACCUUCACGGUCUCACCAUCAUCGUUCUGCUGCACCACAACCGGUCUACGAUUAUGACCCUCCAUCUCCACCAGUGUAUCGCCGGUAUCCAAAUGAAAUGAGCCCGCCACCCCAGCGACGAAGCGAACCCAUGAAGACAACUAAUUACGGAGAUUCUGGACAAUGGCGAACGAUGGAUGCUCCUCGUUCUAAUGAUUUUGUUGACCGUCGUGGGUCAUCUCAUAUGCCGAGAUCAAGAAGUCCGCCACCGCCAAGUCGAUCUUACUCUUCCGGGCCAUAUGACGAAGACCCGUAUGCGUCAUAUUAUGGUAGUGCGGAUGUGUAUUAUCCACCAGUUGACAAUGGAUCUUAUGGAGCAAUGCCUUCUUCUCGCGGAGGCAAAAUGUCCAGCACUCGUUACGCUCCAUAUAAAAAAUAAUAACAUCCUUUUAAUGCGAAUCUCAUCGCCUCCUAUUUAAUAUUAAUUAAUAUUAAAAAACAACGUCUAGGAGGAUCCAUAUUUGUAUUACUAUAUAUCUCAAUGAUAUCGAUAUGCAGGAUGAAUAAGCUUAUAACAUGGACAAGUUGAAAAAUAAUUCAUAAAAAUUUAACUUCAAACUAACCGUCGCAUUUCCGAUAUUUAUGUUUUCUAUUCUUCCUUGUGUGCUUCGAAAGGUUAAAAAAGUGACAACCCUUUCUUAAAGACGAAAAAACAUAAUUACAUUGUCAUUCAGCUUUAUAGUUUACACUACUUCUUGUUAAGAAAUUUAAAAAAAAAAAACAUCCUCCAGUCAUCGUAACACAUAACGUUAUCGACUAUGGAAAUGGUGGUAUAUAUACUUAUAGUGUGUUAAAGUUGAGUGAACUAUUUAAAAAAUUGUCUCUUCCUAUUUAUAAAACAAAAUUAUGCCGAUGGUGGUUAUUUAAUGUUGGUGGUGAUGGACAAUGCGAAUCUUUACUUCCUACUGCUCUUUGCAAACACAAUUUACACAAUUAUUAUAUAAAUAAUAAUAAACGAUUUGUUUACGACUUAGCAUAAAGAACAACGCUAAAGGGACAGUUUACCAAUAAUACUUAGAAGCAAUACUAAUAACAGUUCGUGUUAUUUAAAAAAAACGCGAUAAAUUGUUCCUUAAACAAAGUUCCAUGAACUUUUAUUCAAUACAAAGUUUUCAGAUGAUUAAUUGUUAUAUGAUAAAUAGAAUGCUGAAUUUGAAGCUUCUUGUUGCAUUUUAAAAGAAAUUUGUUAACUCUUCAAAAACAAAAUGGACGGUCAGAAAUAAAAACAAACUGACUGUCCACGUUUAAAAAUUAAUCUGCUACACACAAUAGUUAAAAAUCGGAAGGGAAAAGAGAUUCGGGAGAUGAUAUGUUCUUUUGAAUAUUAAAGUUAAAUUUAAUAAAAAAAUAUAAAAUCAUAGCCUUAAAAUGCUA